AGAAGAGGAAGACACACAAACAGAUCCCCCGGUAAACGAUUUUGCCCAAGGAGACUAUUUGAUUUUGCCCCAUCUAGCGAGCCGACGCCAGCUACUCACAGGGUUCCGUUCAGCUUUCUUGGUUUUCUUUUAUAGUCUUUCAUUUUAGGCGGGAGGUCGUUCUCUCAACACCGGCGUGCACCAUGGCAGGGCCGCUGUGUCUUGCCCGCCGCCUCCAUGUCUCUGCCCCGGUCAUCCUGCGGCAGGCCCUGAGGAGUUUUAGUGUCACAGCAGCAAGACCCAGAGAAACAGCAGCAGCAGAGACAGCAAUAAGAAGUGAAAGCAGAAAUUCUCCUGCCAUAUUUGAUGAGGAAUUUGAUGACAGUGAUGUCGUCGUGCCACGGGAAGCCUGGAUUGAAACUCUGGACACCAGCGUUGCAUCACCCCUGACAGGCCUGAUACACCUUCACCCCCGGGUGUUUGGUGCUUACCCAAGGCUUGACCUUAUUCAUGAGAAUGUAGUCUGGCAGCAGAAAUAUCGUGCAGUAAAUACGGCCCACACCAAAUUACGAUCAGAGGUGCGAGGUGGCGGGAAGAAACCGUGGCCUCAGAAGGGACUGGGUCGGGCAAGACAUGGCUCCAUACGGUCUCCUUUAUGGCGUGGUGGAGGGUCGGUGCCGGCCCAGGCGAAUACCACACAGUUCUACAUGUUGCCCUUUUUUAAACGAGUGCGGGGACUCACCUCAACACUUUCUGCUAAGUUUGCACAGGAUGACCUAAAGGUUGUGGAAAACCUUGAUAUACCAUCCGAUGAGUCGGGGUACCUGCAGAAGCUGUGUGAGGACCGUGCCUGGGGAAUAUCUGUUCUCUUUGUGGAUGAUACUGACCUCAUGCCACGCAACAUCACCCUUGCCUCGGACACCCUCAUGCACAUGAACCUGAUGCCUGUGUAUGGCCUCAACGUACACAGUAUGCUGAAGCAUGAAACUUUAGUGCUUACGGUGGCGGCGGUGAGGCGCAUCGAGGAGAGGCUCCUGUACCACAUGAACAGACCGGACUUGACAAUGGCCCACAAAAAGUUUAAAAAGUAGCCCAGUAGAGACAAGAUAUUGUGGUUCUGUGGGCAGUUAGUGGCCAGGUGAGGUGGAAGUCUGUAGUCCUUCUCAACCUAACAUAGAAUGCUAGCAUUUCUCUAUUCCUCUAGCGAAGAGUUACGAAACUGCCUACAACAGCAGAAAUAACCUUCUGCACUUACUCUAAUAUAUCCAACAUUUACUUAGCCCUCAUAGUACAUGAAUACUUAUUUACAACUUGGUAUCUAAUUUCUAUGUAUUAUUCCUCUAUUUUCAUUAAGACAGCAUGUGCUAGCCUGUUUUUUUGCUUGUAAUGCUGUAGUUGGGAAUGUUAAUUUAGGAGCAUUGUUGAUUUCUGUUCAGCGAUUCAUUAUAUGAGUUUAUUGUGUUGUUUGACCAGUGUUGGUCUGUGAUAAUGCUCUUGCUGAUAGUUAUUCUUGACCCGCUCUUUAAUCCUCUUCUUACAAUGAGUGACAGAUCACCAAGGGAAAUAAACAUUGCCACAACUGUACCUCUUUGCAAGCCAACUGCAUAAUUUGUUCCUUUUUUUAAGCUGUUCUCCACUUCUAUUUUGUAUUUUUGUUUUUUCAGUUUCCUUUUUUUCCUAUUACACUCCCUUUAUUUCUCCAGUCCUCUUUCAUUAUAUAUUAUUAUUUUUCCUUCUCAGGGUAGUCUAUACACUUUAUCAGCGAAAUAUUUGAAAGGUGAAUAGAUAAAGACGAGCCAGGCAGCACACACCUGGCUCAAUAAUCAGAGUUUCUUUAAUGUUUCAGGUUGCGUUGAAAAAUGUAUGUUGAUGCAUCUUUACUGAAAAUCUUGCUGAAUGGUUCUCAUGCUGCAUUAAAAUUGUAGAGCUUCAAAAUGUAGCAUUCAUUAUUAUGUUUAUGAGAUCUAAAUGUACAUAAAACAUCUAUGAAAGUUUGAACAAUUUAUAUAAUAAACAUGUAGAUAUA